AUGUCCCUAACAUGCGCGCCAUUUACAUACUUGGGCCGUGGAGGAAACGAGAACAAUUUUGUUAGCCAAAGCGAAUGUGAAGAAGCAUGUCCAGCAUUCGUUAAUCCUUGCGCAAAUUCGACGGACACUUGGUCUAAUAUUCCCAAAUGUGACGGUAAUGUGGAUGCUUGUCCAUCAGGGCAAUGGUGUCAUCCUGGCCAUAGCCGUACUACCAAUGUUUGCUGUCCUGGAGCACUAUCAAACCCUUGUACGCUGCCAUUAAUGCAAGGAAGGCCCUCAAAAAUUGGGCCGUUUACUAGAUUCUACUUUAAUGUGAAUUUGGACAAGUGUGAGCCAUUCCAAUAUACAGGAAUCGCUGGGAAUCAAAAUAGUUUUUAUACAUUGGAAGAUUGUCAGAGGAGAUGUCCCGGGCAACUUCAUUCGAGCAGUCCUUGUGAACAACCGGUCCAACCUGGUGAGGGGCAUCUAUUCCUAACAAGAUACUACUUCCAUUCCGGAUUCAACCAAUGCCUCCCAUUUGUCUAUACCGGAAUUGGAGGAAAUUUGAAUAACUUUGAAAGUAUAGGCGAGUGCGUACACCGUUGCAUAGUGGCACAACGAAUCGCGGUCGAUGUCCCCUUCCAAGUCCGCUUUAAUUCCCUAAAAUCCUCGUCCCGUGAAACGCCGGUACCCCUUCAAACAUCUACGCAUCCUACAUUGGCACCACAGAGUGGCCAGAAUGAACUAUUCCAUGAGGACCGUUUGUGUCCACAGGGAGAGCCGUUGAAGACAGAGCUGGGGUUGCCUAUUAGUUGUAAUGUUCAACAGCAAGUGGGCUGUCCAUCGGUCGGCUACGUAUGCAUCCAAAUGGCGGCUGGUGACUCGUUUUGCUGUCCUAAUCCACAAUCGUUCUGCCUGCAACCGGAAACGACCGGAAAAUGCCGGUUUGGGAGCCACCCUGAGCCCUCAAUAUCAAUGCCACAGCAGCAGAGAUUUACCUACAACCCGGUAACAGACAGUUGCCAAGGGUUUGCAUACUCUGGCUGUGGAGGAAAUUUGAAUAACUUCGCGUCGCGAAUACUGUGUUCGAGUAUUUGCUGUAAUAAGGGCUACAACCAUCUAUUCAAACACAAGCUCCUCCUCCUCAGCGACAGCCCGCUGGAUUCGUAUAAUGAAACGCGAAGGCGGUAU